CUUUAAGUAAAACGCGGUCUGGUCCACUAGGAAUACUAAGUGGAUUGUCAACUUAGUAUCAGGAGCUCUUUAGCAUCUCGCAAGCUCUGUCUGGCCCUGCUAGCACAAAGAUGCUUUACUGUGUAAACCUUAUCCACGAUGGUUUGCUUGGAGCAGUCCUUGGUUUCAUCACAUGGAGUCUGCCUGGUGCUCUAGGCAUGUUUGGCCUUUCCAUUGGUAUAUCCAAUAUCGACGAUAGUUUACCCCGUGCAGUAUAUGCUGUGCUUUCCGGACUCAACGCGGCCACAGUCGGUAUAAUUGCCCUGGCGGCAGUGGAGCUCUCGGAUAAAGCAGUCACGGAUCACCUCACCAGGAUUUUAGUUUUUCUCACUGCAACCGCCGGAUUGCUAUACAAUGCGCUGUGGUACUUUCCAGUUCUUAUGUUUGGAGCGGGUUGCAGUACGGUUAUAUAUGACUACCGCUGGCUUCACCGACCUAUGAAAGCUAUAUUGAAGCUCAUGAAAAGAAUGACAACUUUCAAUUUGUCCGAAAUGGGAGGAAGCGGUCCUCCUCUCCAAUCCAAUAAUUCCAGCGAAGCGCUCGACGAUCACAAUCGAUAUUCUGCUCGGGAAGAGCCACGCACUAUACCCCAUGGCCGUCGUCUGAAUUUCUCAUGGAGGUCUGGUGCAGCAAUAAUUGCAACAUUCUCUCUUACAUUCGUCAUUGUUAUGGUGCUUCGAGGCACUCUACCUCAACCCCCGCUCCUAUUCAAACUCUUCGCCAACCUUUAUCUUGCUGGAACUAUUAUUUUUGGUGGCGGCCCAGUUGUGAUUCCGCUACUCAGGGAGUAUAUAGUGGCUGAGGGAUGGGUCAAUCCGCGCGAUUUUCUUAUCGGACUCGCCGUUAUACAAGCAUUUCCUGGACCAAACUUCAACUUCGCCAUUUUUUUGGGUAGCUUGACCGCUAUUCAUGGCGGAUACCCCGCUAUUACUGGAGCUAUUCUUGCCUUUUGCGGAAUUUUCGCUCCUGGUAUUAUUCUCGUUCAUGGGACAAUGGGUGUUUGGGGAGCGUUACGAAAUCGACGUUGGGUGAAAUCUGCGGUGAGAGGCAUCAACGCCGGGGCAGUCGGUUUAAUAUACACCGCAGUGUAUCGUGUAUGGCAGAUUGGCUAUCUUGACGAAGGAUUCCAAUCAGGCAAGAGUCUCGGAGAUGACCCAUGGUGGGUGGUCGUGACUGCCACUAGCUAUGUGGGCGGGCGAUACUUCGGCAUUGCGGCUCCGCUGGCUAUUCUUCUUGGAGCCGUGUUAGGCUUGAUCAAUUACGCAGCGGUCUAGUUUGAGCAUGGAAUGGAGUGACUACGGCAACAUUAAAAGUUG